GCGGUCUUGAUGGAGACAAGGACAUCUUUUUUGAGAUGGAGAGAUGUGUUACAUAAUCAGGAGACAGUCCCCCCGAAAGGGGCUCGCCCCGCCGGCUCGGUCUCUAUGUAGUCUCUGUCUUAUCUGAGCACUACUCACGCUGGGAAAAGACUCAAGCGUCCUUCAACAACUACAUUUUUGUAUCUUGAUACCACAAAACACUUCGGCCGAUUCGACCAGGAUUUUGCUGAUAGCUGGAUAACACGAAAAAAAAAAAUCCCAGAUGGGUCUAUUCGCAUUUGUCUCAUUCUUGGUGGUUACCACGCUGGGCACCCUCUAUCCGAUCUAUCUCUCGUAUAAGGCCAUCAAAAAUAACGACCUCCAAUCGCUCGAAAUUCUGCUAAUGUUUUGGGUCGUCAUGGGCACCAUUAACGCCAUCGAGUAUGCCUUUGGAUGGUUUCUACAUUGGAUCCCGUUCUUUUAUCAAUUUAAGAGCGCAUUCAUCUUAUGGCUUACCCUCCCACAAAUACAAGGAUCUACAUACGUCUAUGUCACCUACAUCCAUCCAUUCUUGCUCGAACACGAAGUCGAGAUCGAUCGAUGGUUGGUUGAUGUAAAGCAGAAAUGUCGCCAGACGGGCACCACCUACUUUUAUCAAUUUGUCGACAGGUUGAAAGCGCUCUUGGUAGCCGCAAUGCUACCUUCAAACGAUCCCCAUAAUCCAAGUAGAAUACAACCAUCCAAUCCAGCAAACAUCCAAGGCACUCAAUUCGAUGCUGCUUCGACAUACGCAAUGGAUCUUCUUCGGCAACUGGGGCCUACGGCAUCUGCGAUCUUCCAGCCGAUGCAGAACCAACAAACCACACCCAGUUACCUGCAUCCCAACGAUUCGACAAACGCACGAGGACCGAGUUCUCAAAGUUCGCAACAACAGAGUGGGAGUUAUCGUACCACCGGGGAUGGCGGAUACCGCAUUCCAGAAUACGAUGAGAUCCCCGUUGGGGGAUCUCGGCCCCGAAAGUCUUACGACGAGAAUGACGAUCCGUCGGCGACGGACCGGUUGAUUUCGCGGGAACGGAGCUCAGACUCGCUCCGCACGAGCGGCCCAACGAACCCGAAAGCCGGGCUCUUCUCCUUCCGGACGAGCAACAUGAGUGCCAGUGGAUACGAGGAGAUCGGGCGAGACGAGGCCUCGGGGAGCGAGAACGAAUGGCUGGCCAGGAAACCCUCGCCCGCCGGCUCCGCUUCUUCCGCCUCCAUCCUCAAUCCUACUCGGCCUAGAUUGAGCGAUGGCAGUCAGAGCCAACCUCCUAAAUCCUUCGAUCAUCCUUCUAAAAGGAGCCUCAGUGGGACCUCUUCUAGAUGGUUUAAUUGGAGCAAUAAAACUUCAACCGAUCUCGAUGAAUCUCCUAAAACGAAGUGAUCUAUCACUCUGGUUGGUCUCUUUUGUAUCCUUACACUUGCGUCAUAGAUAUCCCCCUAUCUCAAUUUGACACCCCAAAUCCUCCCCCUUUUUUUGGUCUCUGCAGAUUUCUCAACUCGCAUUUUUAUAAUAGUUUGUUCUUUUUUUCGUUUUUUAAGGACAGGUUUAGUUUAUAUGUCUUGUAUUUUGUUUUGUUCCAUUGAGUCGAUUUCCUUUUGUUACUGUUGUUGUUGUAUCCUUUUAAGUCUACUUGACAUUGCAUUUGAUUGUUCGAUACUACUAGGCUGGGUGUUAACUUUCUAUUGGUUUCUCCUAUUUUUUUCUUCUUCUUCUGGAGUCUAUCUAGAUAUCACCCUGUAACCUUUUUUCU